UUUCCUUUCCUUUACUUACACGAGUCAGGCUGUGGAUUUUCCCUUUACUUUCGUGGUGUAAUAGUAAAGCAACGCGUUUUUACAGCACUGCAUACAGCAUUUAUAAGCGAGCGACAGCACUGGUGUUUAUAUUGUGGAAGCUGCGGAAAGGACCUCGCUCAUCCAAAGCGGAAGACCCUGCGCGUUUUUGCCGUUUCACAAAUUAAUAUAUCAGAUAGUUUAACCAUUUCUAAUCUACAAUCGGUCCCGUGCAUACUUUAUGUGGCUAUGUUUUGAUAGUUACUAUUAUUUUCGUAAGUCUCGGUUUAGCCUAAGUCAUCUGGUUAUUGGGAAACUGCAGGAGCAGCGGCGUUAAAACUUCCCACUUUUUCCCCCGCUGUCACUUUCGUUUCAGCUACUGUAGGUGCUCUCAGUGUGCAAUUGGCCUGCCCUGACUUUCCAUCAGUGUCUCCUGUUUGUGCUAGAGGACGUACACUCAUACAGAAGCUGUACAUCCAGCUGCAUCGGCCCCCUUCACGCUCAACCCCUGCGCUAUGAGCAGAGGUAGAGGAGGGCCUUCCAAAGAACACUACCACAGGCAUCCACCACCAGACCUCCAGGCCAAGGAGAAUUACCACAGACCUGGCCCAACUUCAUUCUACCCUAGACCUGGCCCACAGCAGAUCCCAUAUUCAAGUUACUACAACAGCCCUGGCCGUCCCGUAGGUCCCAUACAGCCCCCAGCUCCUUCUUUCAACCCCUCCGCUCCACCCAUACUAAACCACAAUAAAGCGGCCCCUAAUCCAGUGGCCCAUAACAGCUCACAUAAUCAGAAUCACGGUCCCAUUCCUGGUCCCAAUUCCUUUAAGUACCAACAGGUGGAGUUCCUGAGAGGGCAGAGCUCUGAGGCGCCACAGUUCAGAACCAGUCCACGUGGAGGGGGAGGGGGAGUGGUACCUGGUAGGCCUCCUAGUUCCUCAUACCAGCCCCAGUCAGGCUACAGUAGAUAUCCAAACCUCAACAGCAGCCCUAGGGGAAGAGGGCGGUAUAGUCAGGAUCAUUGUUUUGUAUACCCACCCAGUAUAAGAGCCCCGCGAGGAACUCCAGGCCCUCGACACCAGAAUCAAAACCAGUUUGAAGGUAUAAACCACAACCAAUACUCCAACAGACAAUGGUGCGACCAAACAGACUCUCUGAAUGACAGUUUUCAGAAUUUGUCCCUUUAUAGAGACAGGCCCAACAGAGGAGGAGAGAGAUUUGACAGACAUUCUGCAUCCAGCAGCUCUGCAAAUUCAAGCUUUUCUGGAGGUAACAUCUCUCUCACUCCUGACAUCCAGGGCUAUGUUCACAGGUCUUUGGCUGCUUUAAAGCCAAGUGAGAGUAUCUCUGCAAAAUUGUUAGCCAAAAAGCUGCGUCUGCCCAAAAAGAUAGUCAACCAGGCUCUCUACUCUUUAGAGCGCUCACAGAAAGCUUCCAAGCAAGGACUCCUCCCUCCUGAGUGGACUCUUUACAGAGAACCUGUCAGAGGCUUAGAAGAUCGAAACGUACAAAGUCCACCUUCCCAUCGGUGUGUCAGCUCAGAACACCCUCCAAAACCUGCGGCCAAGGUUGAGCUAAAAACAGAAACAGUAGAAAACAGGGGACAAGCCAAAGAAGAGGACUCUGACACAGAAUCCAGUUCUUCUAACUGCUCCUCUUUAGAGUCAUCUGAUUCUGAAGAGUCCCAGUCACCAGCAAAAGGUCAGCACCAGGAGAAACAACAUCCCAGCACUACCAGCUCUCCUGAUCAGGAAUUCAAGCUUCCCGUAAUGGCAGAGCAGAAGGAGCUAGUUCUGCAGUACCUCCUGCAUUCAAGGGAGGCAACUGCUCUCGUCAUAGCCAAAAAUCUUGGUCUUAGGAAUGCCAAGCAGGUCAAUCCUACCCUCUACUCCCUGGAGAAGCAAGGUGAAGUCAUUAAGAAUGGAGAAGUCAACCCUCCCACCUGGGAGCUCUCCACCCACCGCAGAGAGAGGAUGGAGAGGAGCCUUAAAGCCGCACAGAGCACCCCAGCUGAGAGGGGUAAGACACAGGUAGAACCCAGUAGAGAUGAGAUGGGAGGAGGGUCCGUAUUUCUGCCGUCGUCAACGCUACCACCAAUACCAGGCCUCGAGCCACUGCCACUUCCAGAGGGUUGGAUGCCCGAGCAAAGUCAUAGUGAAGCGUCCCAAUCCUCGCUCCAGCCCCCCUCCAUUACCCCAUGUCAAGACGAAGAGAUCAACGAAGGACAGUGGGCCACUGACGACAUCCCAGAAUUCCUAAACGCCAUUCGCAAAGAGACAGAUGCUGGGAAACUAGCAGCAGAGAAGGCCAACGCCGUGGGAACUGUAGCUGUGUCGCUGGCUGCUCCACCUCCCCAGAACCUGUGGGCCAAACUACAGGAGGUGAGGCUGAAGAACCCUGUCAGCGGCCUCAUGGAGUAUGCCCAGUAUCUGGGCCAGAACUGUGAGUUCCUGCUCCUCGACCAGUCGGGACCCUCUCAUGACCCCAGAUUCCGUAUGCAGGUGAUGCUCAACGGGAGGCUGUUUCCUCUCGCGGAAGCUUCCAGUAAGAAGGUUGCAAAAAAAGACGCUGCUGCGGCCACCCUGCGCAUUCUCAUUGGAGAGAUGCAGGGAGGGGCGAGCACAGGGGACGAGGGAAAUACUGCCAGUAUGGACCAAGUGAUGGAUGUACUCCCAGACACCAGUGGGCCAGCUGAAGGCACGGGGGGAAUUUGUGGGACCAGUAGUGUAGAAGGGAUGGGGAUGACGGAGGGACCUCGCCAGCCACUGUCCCGCUCUCUGCCUGGUGGGAAGAAUCCGGUGUCUGUCCUGAUGGAGUACAGCCAGCGCAGCGGGAACCCCAUCGAAUUCAUCAUCACUGGGCAGGCAGGCCCACCACAUGACCCAAGGUUUAUGUACAGGGUGAAGGUCGGAGAGAACUUGUUUCCAGAAGCCUCAGCUCCAAGCAAGAAGGCAGCCCGCCAGCUGGCAGCAGAGGAGGCCGUGAAAGAAUUAAUGGCUGACGGGAGACUGCAGCUCAACAAGCCUCAGUUGCCCCUGGGUUCUUCCAGUGAUAGUGAUGGCAGUGGUUCUGGGACUACAUGUCCCUCUUUGCCCCCUCUGACUGCAGAUGAGUUGCGAGCAGCACAUGAGGCAGGGGUUGGGGACCUCAUCAACCACCUGAACAACAACGCUGUGUCAGGUCUUCUGGAGUAUGCUAGAGCCCGGGGCUUUGCUGCUGAGAUUCGACUAGUGGGCCAAUCUGGGCCGCCACAUGAGCCUAAGUUCACCUACCAGGCCAAACUGGGCGGACGCUGGUUCCCUCCAGUGUGCGCGUCCAACAAGAAGCAGGGAAAACAGGAAGCAGCAGAUGCUGCUCUACGAGUUCUGAUUGGAGAGGCUGAGAGGGCAGCCCGCACUGGGGAGCUUAUCCCAGCUGAGCUUCCAGUGAGUGGCAGCACUUUGCAUGACCAGAUAGCAAUGUUGAGUCACCAGCGUUUCAACGCCCUGACCACACGUAUCCAGCACAGCCUUCUGGGACGCAAGAUUCUGGCCACCAUCGUCAUGAGGAGGGGGGAGGGCCUGGGGACUGUUGUCAGCCUGGGAACUGGAAAUCGCUGUGUUAAAGGGGAGGAGCUGAGCCUUAAAGGGGAGACAGUUAAUGAUUGCCACGCUGAAAUCAUCUCCAGAAGGGGAUUUGUUCGGUUUCUGUACAGUGAGCUGCUCAAGCACUAUGAUGACACAGAUGAUAGUAUAUUUGAGCCAGCGGAGAAAAACAAACUGCGAAUCAAACCUGACAUCACCUUUCACCUCUAUAUCAGCACGGCACCUUGUGGGGAUGGCGCUCUGUUUGACAAGUCAUGCAGUGAGUCAGGGGAUGAAGUUGAGGGUCAUCAGCCUCUGUUUGAGAAUGCUAAGCAGGGCAAGCUCCGCACCAAAGUGGAGAAUGGCGAGGGCACCAUCCCAGUGGAGUCAAGUGCUAUUGUGCCCACCUGGGACGGCAUCCAGCACGGUGAGAGGCUGCGAACCAUGAGUUGCAGUGAUAAGAUCCUGCGCUGGAACGUGUUGGGUCUGCAGGGGGCGCUCCUCACGCAUUUCCUGCAUCCCAUCUACCUGAAGUCCAUCACGCUUGGCUAUCUGUACAGCCACGGGCACCUGACACGUGCUGUUUGCUGUCGGCUGGCAAGAGACAGUGACGCGUUCACCCAAAGUCUCCCUCCUCCCUUCAUGCUAAACCACCCAGAGGUGGGCAGGGUGAGUGUGUACGACUCCACACGUCACACAGGCAAGACCAAGGAGUCCAGUGUGAACUGGAGCUUUCCAGACCAGCACAGUGUAGAGGUGCUGGACGGGACCAAAGGCAAACUGGAUGGGAACAAGCUAGGUGUGUCCAGAGUGUCCAAGUCCAACCUAUUCGGCCUGUUCCACUCUUUGUGCCAGCGGUGCGGCCGCACUGACCUCCUCUCCCUGCCCUCCUACUCCCACGCCAAGAUGUCAGCAAUGUCCUUCCAGCUAGCCAAGCAGCAGUUCUUCCGAGCUCUCGGCGUCCACGGUUACGGCGCCUGGAUCGGCAAGCCUCUGGAAGAGAAGACCUUUGAGGCAGGGGAGGGAACCAGGAGCAAUGGAGCAAGUGUCCCUGUGGCAUACGGCAGCAGUAGAAACGGAGGAGCAAUGGAGUACAAGCAAGAGGAGGCAUAGAACAAUGCAGGCUGCAAUAUUAAGUGGGUAAUAUAAAUAUAUGGGGGGAGAAAAGCACAAGGCCAUGGCUGAUUAAAAGUUGGAUGAGAAGGAAAAAAGGACAAUCAAACAAUUCUUAGCCAGCGACCAGAACUGUAUCUUCUGAUGGAACAUGGUGAAAGGCUCUAGAGGAAGAGUGAUGGAAAAGGACAGAAUAAAUGAGAGUAAGAUGGCAAAGCCUGAUGGUUGAGUAGGGUCAGAGAGAGCUAUGGAGAGAUCCACGGGGUGUACAGAAUAAUGUAAACACUACAUUAAAAAGGAAUUAGUUUGAAGUCAGUAAAUCACCAUGGUAAACACUGCUACAAAUCUGGCUUGUAUUAGUUUGCAAAACAAUUUCUGUUCUUGUCAGCUUCCUUUUUAUACUGUUUAUAACUGGGGGUUGGAUUCAAAUUGUUAUUUUAGUUUUUCUUUUGUCAUUGUAGUGUUUGGCAUAUGCUGCCAUUAUUUUUCCACCUUUCCACUACUUGAUAUGUGAACUAAUUUUUGCAGGUUCUUUGACCAUUGUAGUUUGGACCCAGUUGAUUUGGCCUCUUUAGACCGCUGUUUGUUGUCUAAUUUUGCCGCGAGAGCUUGAGUAGCUGACAAAUGCUGCUAAUUGUCAUUGAGCCUAAUAUGACCCGCCAUUGUAGUAGUGUUUUUAAUUGUGAUUAAGUUAAUUUAGAAUUAAAGUCCUCUGUCAUGAAGUGCUUAAUAUUUUUUCUGCUCCCUAUGUUCUGCUGCAUGGAAAUACAAGCAGCUGCAUUUAGGACAGUGAGCAGAAACAAUGGGAUGCUCUCAGAAGGAAUCUUUAUUUUUUUAAAUUGCACUCACCCUGGUUAGAUGUCAUGAGUAAACUUGGAAAUUAGUCCUUCCUCAGCACAGUCCCAGCUUACAUUGCACAUAAGAAGCUUUCACUGUACAUAAGAAGAACAUCAAUGGCAACUUUAACUCUGAUCAGUGACAAACAUUCACUGUCCAACAUUUGAGGCUUUAGUUCCUGUACAUACUCCAUAGCCUUCGAUCAGGCCUCUUUCCGAAUAAAAUUUUAAAUUACUGUACACCCUCAGCUGUCCAUCCAUCCACAUGCUGUUGCUAUGGUUGCCAUUAGCAUAGGUCAGUGCAUCCCUUUGAUCAGCCCCAUCAUUUCGCUGUGCUUUUAUAAAGAAUUACAAUAUAGAAGUACGCUAUUUCUGUUCAUAUGUUGUGUUCUUGUGUGUGUUUGAGUAUUUCUCCUUUUGUUUCCCUCACUUCUGUCAAUAAGUUCAUCAGUAGCUGGCCAUGCUAGCAAGUCCUGGAAUAUCUCUACUGUCCUGCCUACAUAUUGUUUUUUACAUCUCAAUACGAAAAGGCUUUUAGUUUGUUUUGCAUGGCCAGUUCUUGAGGACUGCUAAGUGAGGACAGUUUUGUUGUCUAAGGAAAGUGUGUAGUCUGUUCUUGAUUUGGGUACAUGUAGAUCGAUGGUGCAGUAUAUACAUCAGGUAUAUACAAAUACAUGAACACACAGAUGUACAGUGGGGUCCAUAAGCCUGAGUCCAGUUCCAGAAACUAUAAUUUAUCGAAAACUAACACAUAUGUUUAGUUAAAUACUUUAUUUCUCAAAAUAUUGCAUACAGUUUGUUGUACAGUUGUUUUUAUUAUUAUUAUUAAUGCAGUGAGUAAAAGAAAAUUGUAUUUACAGAAAGCUGAGAUUUCUCAGUAUUUGCUGUGUCCACUGCACUGCGCUUGUAUUGGUCAAUGUUGUGCAGAAAGGCAGCAGAGGUUUUUUUGUAGAACUUGACAAUCCACAUUAUCUGAGCACUCUUAAGAGCAUGUCAGAGAUGUACUGUAAUAUGUCACAGUUUGUCUCUCACAGAUAUGUGUUGUGUUUGACGUCUGGUAACUACAGAGGAAAAGCCAUGCAAGUCAGCACUCCAUGAUACUUCAAACUAUUUGGUUUAGCUUUGAUGCGCACACACAGCCAUUGUUUUGCUGGAAAAUUCUUAAAAAUCUUUUAAGUUUUAAGCUUCAAGUGAUGAUAUGCCUCUAGAGAACAGAGUGGCACCUCUCUCUGGUCAAUGUGUUGUUAGCUCUCUUACUGCAGCCCUGAAGUUUUAAUUGAGGACUUUGUUACUGUCUUCAGCAGUGAUAUAUACUAUUGUUUGACCCUUAAUAAAGACUUAAAAACAAGUGGAAAAUAUUUUCUCAUCAGAAGUCCUCUUCAUCAUCCUUUAUCAAGUUACAGCACUAGCUGCAAAACAGAUCAGUUGUUUUUAGUAUUUUUUGCAUUUCUUUAAAGAUUGUUAUUUUGAUUUAUGUCAGCUCUGAAUUACAUUUUUAUUAGUUUUGUAGUUUUUAUCAUUGAAACGUACAGUUCUUGGUAGUGGACUCAGACUUUUGGACCCCACUGUAUGCAAAAAUGGAUGAAUGAGUAUAAUGCUGUAUAUGCAGUGUCUGUCUGUGUGUGUAUGUAUAUGUAUAGGUUUAAUGUAUAUAUUUUGUAAAUCAUCUACAAUUGCUUUUCUAUAAUUUUUUUUCCUGAUGUUUUAAUGAAACUGCAAUGGAAUAUGCUGUUUUUUUACCAAAAAAUAAAAAUAAAAUAAGUAGCAGUG